AUGAAAAUCGAGCAUGAAUCUGAUAGCUUUGGAGGAAAUUUUGAGAACUUGGAAUUUGAUGAAGAAGAAGCUAAUAUCCCAGAUCAUAUGCUUAUGAAAAUGAAGCAGUUUAAGAUCUUGAAUACAAAGUUGAAUUCAAUUCUUCAAUCACAAGUAGAUCUUGGGGGAGGUAAUUUUGUGACGAGUUUAGAAGUUGAUGGUUUGUUAAAACUGCUAGAAGGAAGGAUCACCUCAAAAGUUUCAGGCAUGAAUAACUCUCCAUUUCCAAAUGGAGGAGAUUUAAUGGCAGAUCUUGAGGAGGCUUUGGUCAAACAUCGAUCUAAUCACAUAACAGGUUCUGAAAUGGCAGAAACAAGGGAAAAAUGGAUCGAGAGCCACAUCUAA